CCGCGCCCCGCUCGGCCCUUGCAUCCUUAUCGCGCAUCCUUAUGAUGCAGGCCGACUGUAAUGUUAUCGGUAUCUUUUGUUUCCUCGGGUCCACGCUCACCAAGUAGCUUCGGGUUUCGGCCGCAGCCAGGGGGCGCCGAGGCAUGUCGAAGAAGACCGCUGUUGGCAUCGACUUGGGUACAACUUACUCCUGCGUCGGGGUGUGGAAGAAUGACGGUGUCGAGAUUAUUGCCAACGAUCAGGGCAAUCGCACGACGCCAUCGUACGUCGCCUUCACCGACAGCGAGCGCUUGAUCGGGGACGCGGCCAAGAACCAGGUGGCCCGCAACCCAGAGAACACGGUCUUCGACGCGAAGCGGCUUAUCGGUCGCAAGUUCGCGGACCCGAUCGUGCAGGCAGACAUCAAGUUAUGGCCUUUCAAGGUCGAGGCGGGGACGGGCGACAAACCGAUGAUCGUUGUGACCGCACAGGGCGAGGAGAAGAAGUUUCACCCCGAGGAGAUCUCUUCGAUGAUUCUGCUCAAGAUGAAGGAGACUGCCGAGGCCUACUUGGGGGCCAAGUGCAACGAUGCUGUCGUGACUGUCCCAGCCUACUUCAACGACUCCCAGCGUCAGGCUACUAAAGAUGCCGGGACGAUCUCUGGUAUGAACGUUCUUCGAAUUAUCAACGAGCCCACUGCGGCGGCGAUCGCGUACGGCCUCGAUAAGAAGGGCAGCGGGGAGAAGAACAUCCUUAUCUACGACAUGGGUGGGGGCACCUUCGACGUUUCCUUGUUGACUAUCGAGGACGGUAUCUUCGAGGUGAAGGCCACCGCAGGGGAUACACACCUUGGGGGCGAGGACUUUGACAACCGCAUCGUGGACUUCUGCAUGCAGGACUUCAAGCGCAAGAACAGGGGUAAGGACCUUGCAGGCAACCAGCGUGCCAUCCGCCGCCUGCGGACACAGUGCGAGCGUGCCAAGAGGACCCUUUCUUCAUCCACGCAGGCCACGAUCGAGAUCGAUUCGCUCUUUGACGGCAUCGACUUCUCUUGCUCGUUGUCGCGAGCCCGUUUCGAGGAGCUCAACAUGGACUACUUCCGCAACUCCAUGGGCCCUGUCGAGAAGUGCUUGCGCGACAGCGGCAUCGACAAGAGGAACGUGCACGAGGUAGUUUUGGUUGGUGGUUCUACGCGCAUCCCGAAGGUGCAGGCCAUGAUCCAGGAGUUCUUCAACGGCAAGGAGCCCAACAAGUCCAUCAACCCAGACGAGGCCGUGGCCUUCGGCGCCGCCGUGCAGGCCGCCAUCCUCACCGGCGAGGGCUCCUCGCAGGUCCAGGACCUCCUGCUGCUCGACGUGACGCCGCUGUCGAUGGGCCUGGAGACCGCAGGUGGGGUGAUGACCAAGCUGAUCGAGCGGAACACUACGAUCCCCACCAAGAAGGGCCAGACCUUCACCACCUACGCGGACAACCAGCCAGGAGUGCUCAUCCAGGUGUUCGAGGGCGAGCGCGCGAUGACCAAGGACAACAACCUGUUGGGGAAGUUCCACCUGGACGGUAUCCCUCCCGCCCCGCGCGGCGUUCCGCAGAUCGAGGUGACGUUCGACAUUGAUGCGAACGGCAUCUUGAAUGUGUCCGCACAGGACAAGUCCACCGGGAAGUCCAACCAGAUCACCAUCACCAACGAGAAGGGGCGGCUGUCCCAGGCGGAGAUCGACCGUAUGGUCCAGGAGGCUGAGAAGUAUCGCGCCGAGGACGAGUCGAACAAGGCAAAGAUCGAGGCAAAGAAUGGCCUCGAGAAUUACUGCUUCACCAUGCGCAACACCCUGAAUGAGGAGAAGCUCAAGGAGAAGUUCGAGGACGGAGACAAGGAGAAGAUCGAGAAGGCGGUCCAGGACACCCUCGACUGGCUCGACAAGAAUCAGCUGGCCGAGAAGGACGAGUUCGAGGCAAAGCAGAAGGAGCUUGAGGGCAUCGUCAACCCGAUCAUGAUGAAGGUGUACCAGGCCGCCGGCGGCGGCGGGAUGCCGGAGGGCGGCAUGCCGGGCGGCGGCUUCGGCGGGGCCGCCCCGGGCGGCGGCGCCGGGCCCACCGUGGAGGAGGUGGACUGAGCCGACCGGGGGCGCUGGCAGUCCUGGGUGGUUUCAACAGGCCCUUUGCGUGUUCCCAGCUGGGGGGGUGAGGCCGCGCUGUUUUGCGCCCGGGGAGGAUCUGCGGCGGCAGCAGCAGCACUGCCGCCCAAGACCUUCUAGCCUCCUUGCGGGCAGUGUGGAAGGGCCCCCUGCACUGGUGGGCCUGCCCGCGGGGGAGGGGCGAGGUCGGUGCCUCUGCGCCAGGCUGUGAGGAGCCCAAAGGGCUGGCCGACGCGACUCUAACCCGAAGCCCUCUGGCUUCUGGCUCCGGGCCAUCGGUCGAUCCCCCGCGGCGGCCCGAUCGCGGCGACGGGAGGGCACUCUGCCUCCCGAGCAGGAGCUUGCAGCCCAGGGAGGGCGUCUGGGGCGCGCCUGGGCAGUUCGAAUUGCCUGUCGGUAGACUUGUGCCAAGGGGACUGGGGGUCUGAAAGUCACUGGAGAGUGUGCUUCUCGCUUGUGGGGUGCUGAAGGCACAGAGCUCGGGCGAGCGCGAAGCUGCACCACUGUUCGGGGGGCUCAGCUUGCACUCUCCUGACACUCCUGAUCCACACCUGGUAUAUG